GGCGGGCGGAGGGGCAGGGCGGAGGCGGGAAGCUGGCCUUGGCCGGGCAUGGCGGAGCUGGUGGAGUUCCGGGUGCCCACCGGUAGCGCCCGGACGCUGCUGGUUUGGGGGCUGGAGCCGGACCCGAGCCUAGAGCAUUCCCUCUUCUCAGUGUUUUCCUCCUUUGGGCUGCUCUACUCACUGCGGGCACACCAGAACGCCGCCGUGGCAGGGCCUGGCUUUUAUGCUGUGGUCAAGUUUUACUCAGCUGGGGAUGCCAGCAGAGCCCAGCGUGCCUGCAAUGGGCAAAGGCUGUUCCAGAAGUCCCCCAUGAAGGUCUGUGUCUGCACCAAGCAGCAAGGGUUUGAGCAGCAAGUGCAGGCUCUCAGCAGCACCAAGUGUCAGGAGCUGGCCAACCACUACCUGGGAUUCAACGGCUGGUCCAGUCGCAUCAUCACGCUGCAGAAUGUAUCUGGCUUGGAUGGGGAGAACAAGGAGCUGGGGAAGACAUCUGAGAGGCCAUCAGUCAAAUUCCUGUGUGCCAUGGAGGUGACAGUGCCCAGCCAUGGGGUGUGCUCCAGGGGAGUUGCCCUCGGGGAGGCAGAGGUGGAGGGCAGUGAAGGUCCUCUUGAGUUCCUCACAGCCACAAGAAGAGCUCAGAAGCUGGCAGUUGGGAAAGCUUUGUCCAGCUCCUUUCAGAAGAUUCUGCUGGUGGUCCUGGAGAGUGGGAAGGUGGCUGUGGAGUACAAUUCCUGGCAGGAGGAGCCCACAGACCUCUUAACUGAAGAGGAACUGAAAGGACUCAUCGAGGUCAACGAAUUGUCCUUGGAGCAGUUUGACCUCGAUGAAGAAGAAGUUUUGUCUGACAUCAGCUUGGAGGAUGAGCUCUUGAGCUGGGAGAUGCCACCUAAUUAGUACAGCUCUGUCUUCUCACCAGCUCCAGAAGUUGUGUGGUGUCUGAUGAGGAAGCAAAAGCCUAAGCUGGGAGACGACAUCUGGGUCACAUCCAGCCUUUGCCUUCUCUCCUCAUGCCUCACAGCCAAAGAUGGGGGCAGUAAACCCCAGUGCUGCUAAAAUUAAGCCCCCAGAAGUGAGCUGUUUUGGGAAGGGGAAAUGUUUUCCUGUCAACUUAUCCAGGUCAGCUAUAAAUGGAAGCCAACUUA